AUGUCUGCUCAGGUCGACCACAUUCAUAGCAGCCAUCGUAUGAGCUUAAUAACAUUACAAUUCUAUUGUGUUGCAUAGUUGCAUACUGCUUAGAAACGAGGGAGUCUCGCGAAACAGGUAACAUGACGUUUCAUAUUUUUUGUAGUAAUUACCGCUGUGCAGGCGAUCAACAGGACCAUCGAGGAAGACAAUCCAGCAGCUACUCUGACGUCAUUACAACAAGAUCCCGCGAAACUGAAAAAUAUACUUCCCGAAAAUGCUCUCCUGUAUCAAGCAUUGCUUUAUGCUGAGAAACAGGAGAAAAAGAAGGUACGUCCCUCCCCCCACCCUGAAUGAGGCUUGGAAUCCAAAGUUUAUACUGGAUAGUUCUAUCAGUUCUAAACUGCUCUCCCUAGAGGUCCAGUAAGAAUCAUCUCCUAUUGAUCCAGUAUUACUACAGGAGGAAACCUAAACUAAACUAACUUUAUUUAUACUGGAUAGCUCUAUCAGUUCUAAACUACUCUCCCUAGAGGUCCAGUAAGAAUCAUCUCCUAUUGAUCCAGUAUUACUACAGGAGGAAACCUAAACUAAACUAACUUUAUUUAUACUGGAUAGCUCUAUCUGUUCUAAACUGUUCUUCCCAGAGGUCCAGUAAGAAUCAUCUCUUAUUGAUCCAGUGUUACUACAGGAGGAAACCUAAACUAAACUAACUUUAUUUAUACUGGAUAGCUCUAUCAGUUCUAAACUGUUCUUCCUAGAGGUUCAGUAAGGAUCAUAUGACUCUUAUUGAUCCAGUGUUACUACAGAAGGAAACCUAAACUAAACUAACCUGGAUAACUUUAUCAGUUCUACACUGUAAACUGUUCUCCCUUAAUGUCCAGUAAGGAUAAUGGCUUAUUGCUCCAGUGUUACUACAGGAGGAAAUCUAAACUAACUUUAUUUAUACUAGAUAGCUCUAUCAGUUCUAAACUGUUCUCCGUAGAGGUCCAUAGAGCCGUCUCUCGUUGGUCCAGCAUCGUUACUGGAGCAAUUAUUACUCGAGCGGUGUUUGGGACCACCCUUCUCACGUGCAACUGACGGGAAAUUGUAAUAACACAACUGUAUAUUGCAGGAACAAUGCCUUAAGAUUAAACCUAAAACUUUUCCUAAUUUAAAAGUAAUUCUAAUUUUUUACAAUAGUAGUUAAUGUUUCUGAUGUUAAAUAUUUGUUGCAGAGAGUAAAGAAAGCGCGAAAGGUAAACAAAUUAAAACAAAUUAAAAUUAUUUAAACAAAUAAAGAUAAUUUAAAUGAAUAAAUGCAUUAGUAAAGAUCGAUAAGUGAUAAAUUUAGAUCAGCUAAAAUUUCGAACUUAAAAUAUUAAAUAGAGACGCAUAAAAACAUUUAUACAUGUAAAAUGAAUAUCUAAACCUUUGCAACAAACAUUUUGGUGACUGUUAUGGGUGCCAACAAAUCUGUUUCUGUGUUGUUUCUUAGAAAACAGACGAUCCUUCUGCUGAGUUGUGGCAUGACGAAAUUCAGAGAAUUAUCGAUAAAUGUAAUCUUUAUGCAAUCGAUGCUCAUAAACGUAAGUAAACUUGAAUAUCAACAUAAUCAACACAUGUUUAUCCCAAUUCCUACCCAAUUCACAUUUCCAGAUAACUGGCAUGUCUAGUUACCAGUAUUUUUCAUAUGUGCCAAAUUUUAACUUUGCAUUUUAGUUGCGGCUGGUGUGUCCAUGAUCAACGCGUCCUUGGAGUCUGGGACUGAACAAAGUACAAUCGAAGCUCUAGAGAAUGCUGACGUAGGUCUGCGGGGGGUGACAAGAGAAUGCCAAGCUGCUUAUCACACGCGACUCAAGGAGACCAAGGGGGAAAAAGGACAGCAAGGUUUGUUACAGGAUAGUUAGGGAUAAAAGAUAUCUCAAACGUGUAGGUCCAGUCUGGGUAGUAUUGUAGAAUAAGUACACAUCAUGUCAGAGAACAACGGCGUGGCAAAUCCAGAUUCAUAAAUUGUUAAUCCUGUUUUAUUUGUAUUUUCUCAGCUGGUCCGUGGUUGGAACAGAAGAUUCCACAGGGAUUCCUGUUUUACUACAACACAGCAACACAACAGACAAGUUGGGCGAAGCCAGCCGACUUCACUAACAACUCGGGAUUGCUUACUAAAGAGGAAAUUCAAGUAAGUUACUUGGAUUUAUACAGGAUAGCUCUAUCAUCUUUUCCUUGAGGUCCAAUAAGGAUGUCCUUAUUGAUCCAGUGUUACUACUGUACGGGAGAAAUCCUAAACUAAACUUAACUUUAUUUAUACUAGAUAGUUCUAUCAGUUCUAGACUGUUCUCCCUACAGGAGGAAACCUAAACUAAACUAACUUUAUUUAUACUGGAUAGCUCCAUCAGUUCUAAACUGUUCUUCCUGGAGGUCCAGUAAGGAUCAUCUCUUAUUGAUCCAGUGUUACUACAGGGGGAAACCUAAACUAAACUAACUUUAUUCAUACUGGAUAGUUCUAUAAGUUCUAAACUGUUCUUCCUAGAGUGUAGUCAUGUCAUCUCUUAUUGAUCCAGUGUUACUGCAGGAAAAACCGUAAUACUGUAUCUGAAGAAAAGCUGUGUUGUUUGGUAAAGUCAAUCUGGAAGCCUUGAGGUCAGGUUUUGACCAUUCAUUCCAUUGUUUCAUUUUGUAGACGAUGGUGUCGAACGAGACCGCGAAACAUGGCCGCCAAGUGUAUCUUCAAGCAAACGAACCCUCGAUAGUGAGACUGCAAGCUCAUUGGAGAGGAUACUUAGCCCGGAAAACAUUUAACGAAAGGAAACAAUUUAUGACCAAACAACUACCAGCUAUUAUCAAGAUACAGGUAAAGAAUUUUGGUGUUUUUUUCUAGGGUUUUUCCAGCCAAUUUUGCUUCUUCAAUUUGAAGCUGAAUCAAAAUAAAAAAAAAUUUUGAAGCUGAAUAUAAUAGCUGACAAAUGAUGAAACAGCAAUUUGGAAUAAACAUCUUACAAAAUAUUUUAACGGACAGCUGAGAAUUUCUGCUUGAAUUAUAGCUGCCAACUGUCAUGAAAAGAUACCCAAUUAAGAACGUCUGUAAAUGUUUUCGUGAAUUUAUAUUCAGGCAAAUUUAAAACGAUGGAUACAGCAUAAGAAAUAUAAUGACAGGCUGGAGGUUCUGCACGAUAAUGAUGACGCUAUUAUCAAGGUUUGUUUUGGAUUGAAGUUUCGGUAAACGUCUUUAUUUUUCCGAUGCAAUGUCGAUAUAUUUCUAUUUUUAUAUUAUAGAUCCAAGCUUGGACCAGAAUGCAUUUGGCAAGGAGUAAUUAUAAACAGCGAAAGCAACUUUACGAAGACAACGUAAGUAUUUAUUCUACAAUAGGUUCCGUGGUUUUAGUAGCAAGUGCCUUUAAAGAUUAACCAAAACCACGAAAACUGAUUUUGAUAUUUAUGUUUUUUCUAGUUACCAGCAAUUGUCAAGAUACAAGCGUUUAUGAGAGCCAAUCUUGCCCAGCAUGAUUAUCGCGCUUUGUGUAAGUGAUCAGUGUUGAUGAAGGCGAAGUUUAAACGUAUUUACAACAACAACAACAGCCACAACAACAACAACAACAACAACAACAGCAAUAACAGCAACAACAGCAAUAACAGCAACAUGGAACAACAAUUUAUUAAGUGUCUUUACAAAAGUAGUUUAUCAGUUUAACGUUGGGUUUCAUUUCUCAGUAAAUUCUCAAGAUCCUCCAAUAAAGAUUGUUCGGAAGUUUCUUCAUCUUCUGGAUCAAAGUAAUGUUGACUUUGAAGAAGAAUUAGGUAAGCAGGCUCAUGUUCUUUGUUUGUUCAUCUUUCCAGGGCUUUCAGAAUUCUGAGUAGAUGGCUGAGGGGAGCGGUCUGGGGAGUCUUAAGUCACCCAAAUUAACUAGACAUAAGUGUAUAUUGAUUAGAUAACAACACAACUUAGCUCUGGAACCAAAUUAUAAUGUAUCACUACUUUUAUUCUUCAACAAGAUAACUUCAAGAUUUAAGAUGGCAAAUAACUAAAUCGGUUUUACGAAAUAGUACGUCGUUUUCGAAAAUAACCAGGCUAUAAAGUAGACCAGGUUGAGGAAAAAUAACUUUGUUUGAAAGCUUUGAGUGGAGGAAGGAGAGCAGAAUUGAUAUUUCAAGUACUAAACAAAAUAACCGACGGUAAACCUCGUGCCAUCCACUGGUGUAUUUUGAAAUCCCCAUCUUUCCUUGUUAAUCUUCUUUUAUUUUCUCGUCCCGAUAACUGGCGUUUGACCACCAUCUGCCGCAUGAUAUUCCUAUUGUGUUUUAGAACUGCAGAAGCUCAAAGCACAAGUUGUCACAGAAAUUCGUUCAAAUCAGCAACUUGAACACGAUCUACAAGGCAUGGACAUCAAGAUUGGAUUGUUAGUCAGGAAUAAAAUUACUUUACAGGUGGGUUGGCAUGCCACUGAUCUCAUAUCAGGCCCGAAUGGACCCUUUGAAGGGACUAGCACUUGUUGUACUUGUAGUGUCAUCGUCACCACGCUUGCUUUUCAAGCUGGGAGACCCGGGUUGAUCCUUGGUUGGACCUCUACUCAAGGUCUUAAAAUAAUUGAGGAGAAAGAGCUACCUUUACAUUGACAUCAGUAAAUGGUUAGACUUUCGCGUCUUCUCGGAUAAGGACGUUAAAUCGUAGGUACCUCGGAUCCCCUAUUAAUUGAGCAAUAGAAUGUUGGGAAAUCCGUUCACCAAUGAGUGAGCAACUCGAUAAACAACUGUGUUGGUGUAAUGUACUCAGGUGAAUAUGAUGCUUGUGAUGUUACUCUGAGUAUGUAUCCACACCGGGCAAGCUUGAAAAAUAUACCUGACCACGGUGGGAAUCGAACCUACGAACCUACUUACUCAGAGUAACAUCACAGGCAUCAUAUUCACCAGAGUACAUUACACCAACACAGAAAAAAUCAUGAUUAUUAGAUAACAUAUUGAUAUCGAAGGAACUAGAUUCUGUUCAGGGCCGUUGCGAAGGGAUAUGGAUUGGGGGGGGUGUCGAAGGUCAAAUUGCCGAGUGACGCCAGUUGAAUUUGCCGAGUUUUUCAAAAGUUUGUAUAGGUAAUGAGAAGAAAAGUUUGUAUAGGUAAUGAGAAUCAUAUUGGUGUGCUAGUAACUGAGGGACACCAAUAUGGCUCUUGUUUUGAAAUAUGGAUGCCUGUUCGUGGGUUGUUGCUAAAAAGGAAUCGGGUUGCUUUAUAUAUAAAAUACGACAUUCUAAGAACAAACAAAUAUAUGGUCACGUUUGUUUUCAGAUAGGAGUAUUAUUUUAAUUUAUUUAUAUUAAACAUAUAAAGCUGAAAAAAUUUAAAUUUACCAUAAAUUUAUACUGUGUUUUCAUAAGUCCUAAAUCGAGACUGAAACUAUAUGCACACGGGUCACGUUUUUGAGCGUUUUUGCAGUGCCGUUUUCAAAUUUAGCGUUUAGGCGCCUUGUUCACAUUGAUCGUUUUUCUCGCAACAUUUUCAGACAAAGCACUAGUUUUUUAUAGUCUUUGUUUCCAAAUUUAAACACGGAAUUUCAUUUUCGCCUUCCACUCUUCUGUUUACGGCAAUAACAAAGUGUCAAAACGACCAAAAGUUUCAGACAUAGAGAACGAAUCUUUGGCAUCGUUUUCACUAUUUGAAACGUUUUUGCUUCCUGACGUCGUUUUCAUACGUUUUCGUGUGAACAGAACCGUACGUGAAAAUGGUACUUUCAGUUUCAGAAAUUAACGCAUUACAACCAAAAACCGAAUUUUGAUUAAUUUUGAUGAAUUUGACCUUUUUUAUCCCCAGGCGCCGAAUAGACAAUUUAUAAUAUUUUUGUAUUUUGAGCAGUCUUAAAACUCUUAGUGCCGGAUAGUGUUAACUGGGCUUUUGUACGACCCGAUUUUUCAAGAGUUUAAUUAAAUUUUAUGCGUCAGAAAGCGAGUAAAACGGAUAUGAUCAUAUGCAACCAAUCGAUGAUACCGAUCGCUGUAUGCGGUAUGUCUUUCAAAACUGUAGGCUGAUAAGAGUUAACAGUAAUUUCGCUAAAGAACUAAAGAAGACAAGUCCAUUCUUAUGGCAUGCCUCGUCUUUCUCUUGGUCUUCUUCUCAUCGAUGCCUGUUGAGUCUUCUUGAGGAUCUUGUCGGCGCCUCUGACGACUCAAAAUAUUCUCUUUGGCUUUGACUGCGGUUUGCAGUCUCAAACGGAUUAGCUGGUACGUCUUUAUGUGCUACUCGCACUUGGUUUCCCUUAUGGCAAGUUUGCUCGUGCCUCUUACGGUAAUCGUCGGGCCGUAUGUUAGAUAACUUUUAUGCCGGUUAAUACGUUUUCCCUCGUGAAAUAAAUAAUAAAGUUUCUAUAGUCGUCAAAAACCGAAUUACAUUCAAGACACUGAAGUUUUAUUUUUUUCUUUUGGGCAGUUUUGAACCGCACAUAAUUGAUAAAAAGCCUUCGCUAUAAGAGCAGUCGAGCGAAGAACAUGCCCGGAAACGUGGGUUUCACAUUUCAGCCUCCCGUCGAUUUUCGACAAAUAAAAGACUAAUAGUUUUACUAGAAAAUAGAAAUACAUUUAAAUGGUUUUGACAUAAGACCACACAAACCAUUAUUUUAAAUCCAAAAUUUAUCGCUUUAUUUAUUAUCGCCUUCGUUCUUAUAACUUUUACAAUUUGCUGAAUGCCGAUUUCGCAAUUUGCCGAACAGUAACGAAGAAAUUUGCCGACUGGGGCCGACUUGUGAAAAUUAUUGGAGGGGUGGAGCACCCCCCACACCCCCCGCUCGCGACGGCCCUGUUAAUAACCCACUGAAAUGAUACACAAACAGCCUCGUCCCUGGCGCUUUGAUGUGCUUACUGGUUGCGUGACGCACGCGCGGGAAUCGAGGUGCGUUGCUGAUACACAAACGCGGUCGUACAAAUCUUUACAUGUCACAUUAUUUUGAACGUUGCAUAUAGUUUUACCAGUGGAUGUAUAAAUGCAUAUGACCGUGAUAUGAUUUAUGUUUUAAAACACUACAAAGGUCAAAGGCAAGAUGUAUGUGGAAGUAUAUAAAUGUCAGCUUUCAUUAAUAACCUUAUUGAGUGACACGGUAAAUUAAAGUGCGGGUCCGUCCAUCCACAUGAAGGAUUUAAUUAAGAGUGAAUACAAACGCGAAACAUUCGCGGUUAUAGUCGUUACGCGCAUAAUACUAUAUAGCACAUUAAAAUAUUAAUUUAACAUGCUUAAUAGCUUUACACAAAAUGACUGAAAAUUAAAUGAAUAUAUUUUCGUGAAGUUGAACUAUUCAAAAUAUUUCAUUAUUGUUAUGUUACUGUCUUACUGAUAAUGUUUGAUUAAAUGCGUGACACUUCAAGUGCCACAUUACCGGCUCGUUGUUAUCGCAGUUCUGCUUCAGGGCAGGUAUUUUGAAUUUCGACUCUCUGGUUUAGAAAUAUCAAAGUAUUAUAACAAUAUUUCCUCAACAAAUAUGAGCAAUAGACAAAGAAAAUAACUUGUUAUGUAAAAUGGUGUGAUCAUAUAUACAGUAAUAAAUCUUUCAUAUGCAAGACAAACUGACAAAGGUCGCAUAACAAACCAGAUUGAACGCAAGAGCAUGUCUAAUAGUAGAAUUGCAAUUUUAACUUAAUCGUAAAUCGCAAUAUAUUUCAACAUAUUUUCUUUUGCGUCAAAGUAAUUUCUGUUUUAAUUCUCUGAAACAAAGCAGUACGCUUAGUUAAGUUCAGUAUACGAUAUGGUUUGAAAGAAAAGCAGCGAAUUUCUUUACUUGCCACUGGCAAAACUGACACUCUGGCAAAACUGGCACUCUGGCAAACUGGCGCUCUGUCGAAACUGGCACUCUGGCAAAACUGGCGCUCUGGCAAAACUGGCGCUCUGGCAAAACUGGCAAACUGGCGCUCUGGCAAAACUGCCGGCGCUCUGGCAAAACUGGCGCUCUGGCGCUCUGGCGAAACUGGCACUCUGGCGAAACUGGCACUCUGGCGAAACUGGCACUCUGGCGAAACUGGCACUCUGGCGAAACUGGCACUCUGGCAAAACUGGCGCUCUGGCAAACUGGCGCUCUGGCAAAACUGCCGGCGCUCUGGCAAACUGGCGCUCUGGCAGAUGGAUAAAAAGCCAAAAACGUACAUCAUUUUGGCGUAUGGCAUUCAGAGUCGUUACAGAUGA